GUGCUUGUUACUGGUAUGACGAAUUUACUAUGCGACGUGCCAAAAAAACGAAUCAAUGCCGUUUGCAUGAAUCCACAGCAGCGGCUUGCAGUUACAUGUAACUUUAUCAUCCGCUUGCAGGGAACGGGCUCCGGCGUGGAAACAGGCUCUGCAGUCUCGCAUGAUGCUGGACACAGAGAGGAGCCAUGCAGCAGCUGCAGAUCCCAGCAGUAAGAACAAGGAGAACGAGAAGAAGAAGAGGUCCCGGGUCAAGCAGCUGCUGAGCGAUGUGAAGAAGCAGGUGGAGUUCUGGUUCGGUGAUGUCAACCUCCACAAGGACCGCUUCCUCAGACAGCUCAUCGACGAGUCACGGGACGGAUAUGUUGACAUCUCCGUGCUGACGAGCUUCAACCGAAUGAAAAAGCUCACAACUGACACCAAGUUGAUUGCCAGAGCGCUGAAAAAUUCAUCAGUCGUUGAGGUUAACCUAGAGGGAAAUAAAAUUAGGCGUCAGCAUCCAAUCGGAGAGGAACCGAAGAAUGUAGACAGCCGCACAGUCUAUGUGGAACUUUUGCCUAAGGAUGUGACACACGGCUGGAUCGAAAGAGUGUUCACGAAAUGCGGGAACGUGGUUUACAUCAGCAUCCCCAGAUACAAGAGCACAGGAGACUCCAAGGGUUUCGCCUUUGUCGAGUUUGAGAAAGAGGAGCAAGCACAGAAAGCCAUUGAGAUGCUGAACAACCCUCCUGAAGAUGCUCCCAGGAAACCAGGGAUUUUCCCCAAGACAAAAAAUAGGAAGCCUCUUCCUCUACCAGCUGACAAUGCCCCACCAGGUGAGGAGGAGGAGAAGAAAAAGCGCAAGAAGAAGAAAAAGAAAGAGGGAACGGCAGCACAGACGUCCGCAGAUGAAGCCAAGGAGCAGGAAAUGGAAACAGAGCCAUCAGAGCGAAAGAAGAAGCGCUCGGUGGCAGAGGGCACUGAGGCAGAGACCAGCAGCUCUCAGAAGACACCGGCCAAACAGUCAGACAAAAAAAGACGGCGGUCACAGACGGCAGAGGGACCUGAAAGUGAAGAGGGAAUACCGUCCAAGAUGAGGAAGACCAGUGAAGGUGAUGAUGGAGGCAAAGACAAAGCAAAGAGGAGUGGCACACAAAAUGCACCUGCUGAAAGUGACAAGCAGACAGAGGCUGAGGAGGGGGAUGAGAAGGGAGAUGCUUCCAUGCUCAAAGCAAAGAGGAAGAGAAAGAAGAAACACAAGGAGAAAUUGAAAAUUGGCGAAGAGGUCAUCCCACUGCGGGUUCUCACCAAGAAAGAAUGGCUUGAAUUGAAGCAGGAGUACUUGACCUUGCAGAAGCAGAGCAUGGCGUCCCUGAAGAUGUGCAUUUCGAAGAUCGACCACAAGGAAGACAAGAGUCUCAACGAGACAGAUAAUAAUCUACAAAAUGAAAACCUUCCAAGUAGUAAAAAGAAAGAGACCACCCAGGGUCCUCAGUUUACAAGUGGUGUCAUCCUGAAGAUUACAGACACCAAACCACUGCCAGCGAGGAAGUUCAUCAAAGAUGCUCUUUCCAAAAUAUCACCAGUUGCAUACAUCGACACACUGGAUGGGGAUGCUGAAGGUCACAUCCGCUUUCAGACUCCAGAAGACGCCAAAGCCAUUGUCGGUGCCAAAGCAGAGCUACAGAAAGAACAUAGCUGGAGACUUGAGAUUCUUACUGGUGACCAUGAACAAAGGUACUGGCAGAAGAUCUUGGUGGACCGCCAAGUCAAGCUGAAUCGUCCAAGGGAGAAAAAGCGGGGUACAGAGAAGCUCAUAUCUAAAGCAGAAAAAAUCAUCAUAUCCCGGGCCAAGGAGGCUAACAAGCACAUCCGUUUCCAAGAAGACUGAAACUGUCAAGAAUGGUCAAAACUGGUCCUUGGGGACAUUUUUAACUCUGUAGUAAUUACAUGAUCUGAUGUGAGGGAACAAUCAGUGCCUGUGUGUACAUUUAGGUAGACAUACAUCCAAAACAGAAGUUUAACAAGUUUAAACCAGUUUUAAAAUGUGGAAUGCCCCUUUAUCUACUUGCAGAGGAGCCCCCCGGUAAUGUACUUGUUUGCCCUGUUUUUAAAACCUGUAUAUGUUGUAAAUACAAUAGAGUUGUCCCGAUUAAGAUAUUUGAUGUCAUGGCAUUUCCUUUCGAAGAUAUUUGAUUUUUGUUUUUUUUAAUAAACAUCGUUUGAUGAAUACAG